UACUGUCUGUGUCUGUGUCUACUCUUCAAAAAAAGGAAACCUAAAUAAGACAGCCCAAAACAGAGAGCACUGUAUCACAAAUCCCACAAAUACAAUUCUCGAAACCAAAUUGGUUGGUUUUUGAUUCAUAAAAGUAAAACCAUUUCUUCUCAUUCUGUUUCUACAUAUAAUCAAGAAGAGAAAGAUGAACGACAAGAAAGAUCAUUAUAGGUCUACAAUGGGAAGGAAUCUUAGCCCAAAACUACAGCGUGAGUUGGAAAAUCUUCAAAAAGAUGCUGAUAGUCGUAAAUCAGCAAUGAAGGCACUGAAGUGUUAUGUGAAAGACCUGGAUUCCAAGUCAAUUCCACUUUUUCUUGCACAAGUUUCUGAGACCAAGGGCACUGGUUCUUUGUCUGGGGAGUGUACAAUUUCACUCUAUGAAGUUCUUGCUCGCGUUCAUGGUGUCAAAAUUGUUCCUUUGAUAGACAGCAUCAUGACAUGCAUAAUCUCGACCUUGGCUUCAAGUGCAGGGUCUUUUCCUCUUCAACAGGCUUGUUCAAAGGUGGUUCCCGCAAUUGCGCGAUAUGGGAUUGACCCAACUACCCCAGAAGACAAAAAGAGGCAUAUAAUUCAUUCUCUAUGUAAGCCUCUUUCAGAUUCUCUAUUGGGUUCUCAAGAGUGCCUCACUUCUGGGGCUGCCCUUUGCUUAAAGGCUCUUGUGGACUCGGAUAAUUGGAGGUUUGCUUCGGAUGAGAUGGUUAAUAAGGUGUGUCAAAAUGUUGCUGCUGCUUUGGAAGAGAAGUCUACUCAGACCAAUUCUCAUAUGGGUUUGGUGAUGGCUUUAGCAAAGCGUAAUGGUUUAAUUGUUGAAGCAUAUGCAAGAUUGUUAAUACGGUCUGGAUUGCAGAUAUUGAAUUCUGGGGUUUCGGAGGGAAAUUCUCAGAAACGGUUGUUGGCCAUUCAAAUGGUGAAUUUCUUGAUGAAGAAUUUGGAUUCCAGGAGCAUAUUCUCUGAGCUUGAGUUGAUAAUUGAGGAGAUGGAGAAUUGCAAGGAUGAUAAGAUGGCUUAUGUUAGAGGUGCUGCUUAUGAAGCUUUGCAAACUGCAAGGAAAAUAACUCCCACAAAAGGGUCAAAUUUUGAGAGUACUCCUGGCUCAAUCACUGGGUCAAAUUUUAGCAGGAGAGAGCAUAGUAGGAAGAAUUUAUGGAAUGCUGGUGAUAGAUCUCCAUCUCCAUCACCUGAAUCACGGACUAUUGAUUCCUUUCUUGGAUAUGAGUCAUGGGUUGAGUCGCCCAUUUCAAUGAGGCAGGUUUCUCAAAAUUCAGAUUAUGAUCGUAGGAGUGUGAACCGGAAGCUUUGGAGCUAUGAGAAUGGAGGGGUUGAUGUGUCUCUCAAGGAUGGUUUGUUUUCAGAGGUUCAGGGAAGUUUCAUGUCUAAUACACACUCUGGGAAUGAUGAAUAUGAUUGUAAUCGAGGAGAUUACACAGAGGAAUUUGCAGGGUUUUGCAACCGAAAUCCUAGAAAUGGAAUGUCGAGAAGCGCUACAACUAGUCCCCUGAGGUCACGCACACAGAUUAAUGUUGACAACAUCAGGAUCUGUAAGACUCCAAGGAAGCUCAUUUGCUCUCUUCAGGAUCCAAAUAAUGGGAACUCAGACUUUUCUGAGAAACAAGCCAGAAGGUUCAAAAGUCUAUCCUCAAGCAACAUUGAGUGGACCCCAACAAGCAAAUAUGACCAGAAUGGUUUUUCACAUGUUGUGAACUAUAAUGACAAAGAAAAUGGAGGUUUAUAUGCCACUGGUGAGCAGUUCCAAGGCAGCCGUGAAUCAGUUUCAUCAACUGAUGAUGUUCUUACUGAUACUGAUUUGCAAGCAUCCAGUGAGGUGGUUCUUGAAUUUAAAACUCGAACUCACAAGCCUGGCAUUCAGAAGGCUCAUCAAAAGACUGCUAUGAAAUUCAUUUGUGGCCUCUUUUUUGUUUUACUUGCAGUAUUUACUACACUACUUUGGAUCAAGGAUCAGGAUGAAGGCUACUAUCUUGUACCAACUUAAUGUGCUCAUAAAUCAUAAUGAUGUAUAUUGUUGAUUUGAUAAUGUAGUAAAUCAGGGUUAUGACUAAUGGUGAAAACCUUUCUCAAAAUUGGGUUUUUACUGGAGGUUUAUGCAAAAUCUGUAACAGUAUUAAGACUCAUCACAAUCUUUGUAUUGGAUGUUCGAUGUGCUUUAUAGAAGUAAAAAUUUUGAGUUCUUGAGAAA